AUGACAACAUUGAAUACAAAGCUCGGUCUGGUGGUGUACGCUCCUCUGUGGUAUCUUCUCAAGAACUGUUCACCGCUCUCUUGUUUGCGUGUGGCCGUGAAGCAAAAGGUCGCAAUCAAAGGUAUGAAACUCUGGGUGCCGUCCCAAGUUUUCACUCAAGCCGAGUCUCUGGAGAAACAAAACACACUCAAGGUCUUGGCAAAGAAAAAGGCUCAGCCAGCUCUCACGCGAACCCAGAAGUAUAGGACGGCGGACAAGUAUCGUGAAGAGGUGGCGGCAGUCGACAUGGCGCACGUAAAGAGACUGGAUCCCAGUGUGACUGGGCUUCCGAUGUCGAUUUGGCUCAGCCCAAGACAUGGGGACUACAGCCCUCGGUUGUGGGUUGCACAAGACUACGGGGAGCAAGGGACAGCCGGAGAGUGGUUCAUUAUGAGUGUUGCUAAGCACUCGAAAUCUGUAGGAAACUCGGGGCGUAUUGACAUCGAUGAUUUCGAGAUUAUAGAAAAGUUCAUCCGGAAGAAUCGGAAGUUACUGGAAGCUUGCUGGGAGCAGGACACGUGCUUCGACAUCGAUGACGUUGUUGCGCGCUUGAAGAAGCUUUCAACAGCUCAAUCGCAAGGAUAA